AGAGAGGCAAUAGAUAGCACGCCGUCCGCUUCAGUACCCAGCUAUGGCGAGGAUUGCUCCGUUGCCGGCCACCGCCGCCGCUGUCGCCGUGGCUAGCUCCUUUCCCUCUCUCCGUCCAUCUCCUUCUCGCCUUUCCACCCUCCCCAUCUCCGCCCUCCGAUCUUUAUCCUGUUCUCACUUCAACCUCUCUCGCCGCCUCGCCCUCCUUCAACUCGGCAGCGCUAUACCUCAGUCGCAUUUGCUGGGGACGAGGACAUAUUCUGGAGUAAUUAGAGCGGAAGGGAAGGUCAUAGAGGCCACUGCUGGUGAGAAUGUGGCACAGGCAAGCACUGGGCUUAGCCAAGAAGCUGCGUUGGAGUGGUCUAAGAAGGAUAAUCGAAGGCUGCUUCAUGUUGUUUAUCGUGUUGGAGACUUGGACAGGACCAUAAAAUUUUAUACAGAGUGUUUGGGAAUGAAGUUGCUGCGGAAACGUGACAUACCUGAGGAGAAAUAUACCAAUGCUUUUCUUGGAUAUGGUCCGGAGGACUCGCAUUUUGUAGUCGAACUGACUUAUAACUAUGGGGUUGACAAAUAUGACAUUGGAACUGCUUUUGGUCAUUUUGGUAUAGCUGUGGAAGAUGUUUAUAAGACCGUGGAUCUUAUAAAAGCCAAGGGUGGAAAGGUGACCCGGGAGCCUGGCCCAGUAAAAGGUGGCAAAACUGUGAUUGCUUUUGUUGAAGACCCUGAUGGUUAUAAGUUUGAACUUAUAGAAAGAGAUCCAACACCAGAACCAUUGUGUCAAGUUAUGCUUCGUGUAGGAGAUCUUCAACGAUCCAUUGAUUUUUAUGAGAAGGCUUUUGGUAUGGAGCUUUUACGCAAACGAGACAAUCCUGAGUACAAGUAUACAAUAGCCAUGAUGGGAUAUGGUCCUGAAGAUAAGAAUGCUGUCUUGGAGUUAACAUACAACUAUGGGGUUAAAGAAUAUGACAAAGGAAAUGCCUAUGCACAGAUUGCGAUAGGUACGGAUGAUGUCUACAAAACUGCUGAAGCAAUAAAACUAUAUGGAGGUACAAUUACUCGUGAACCAGGACCUUUGCCAGGCAUCAACACAAAGAUAACCGCCUGCUUGGAUCCGGAUGGAUGGAAAUCAGUGUUUGUCGAUAACAUAGAUUUCAGGAAAGAACUGGAGUGAAUGGGAAGUAAAUUAGAGAUCUGACCUCUUUGUCGCGGCCAAAGCCUUAAUAUUUCUACCAUUUCAAAUGUUGUAAAAACCCUAGCCCCAAAUCUUGAUGUGUAAAUUAAUGAUUCUCAUUGCGGUAACAGUUCAACAUAGCUUGUUUCAUGUGGGAGGUAUUCUUUU